GAACGCCUUUGAUGAACGCUUUCUGACCCGGUUGGUUUAGAAUUCCCUAAUUUUUUUCCUGCCUGCAACCGAUGGACAAAUAUCAAAAAAUUGAAAAGCUGGGUGAAGGCACCUACGGCAUCGUGUACAAAGCUCAGAAUCGCGAGACAAAUGAAGUUGUAGCAUUGAAACGUAUUCGAUUGGACAAUGAAGAAGAAGGAGUACCUUGUACGGCGAUCCGAGAAAUUUCGCUCUUGAAAGAGUUAAAACACAUCAACAUCGUUAGAUUAUACGAUGUAUUGCAUACCGAGAAAAAACUCACCCUCGUGUUUGAGUACUUGGAUUCGGAUUUGAAAAAGUUCCUGGAUUCUUAUGGUGGAGACAUUGAUGUUGUCACCAUUAAGCAAUUGAUGUACCAGUUACUGAAAGGCAUUGCCUUUUGUCACGCACACAGAGUCUUACACAGGGAUUUAAAACCACAGAAUCUGUUGAUUAAUAAGAAAGGUGAACUGAAAUUAGCUGAUUUCGGUUUGGCGCGAGCGUUUGGUAUACCAGUACGAAGUUAUUCACAUGAGGUUGUAACAUUAUGGUAUCGUGCCCCUGACGUAUUAAUGGGAUCCAGACAAUACUCGACAUCCAUCGACUUGUGGUCGGCCGGUUGUAUUUUUGCUGAAAUGGCAUCUGGACGCCCGUUAUUCCCUGGCAGCUCUAUUGCAGAUCAGCUUCAACGCAUUUUCAAAGUAUUAGGUACACCAACAGAAGAGACAUGGCCAAAAGUAUCGCAACUUCCCGAGUACAAGCGAGAUUUCGAGAUCUUUGCUCGAAUAUCUCUUGAAUCUUUACUCCCCAAACUUGAUGCGCUCGGCAUAGACUUAUUAAAACGACUCCUUGAAUAUCCUCCGGAAAAACGCAUCACGGCAAAUGACGCUCUCCAACAUCCAUAUUUCGAUGAGUUGAGAAAGAAGGAACAAAAUGCGGAGAUUAAUAGCGUGCAUGAUGCCAAAUAGCCCUGCACAAAAUAGGGUGCCACAUUAUGAUCAUAUUACAUCGGGAUAGCAUUGUGAAUGGAAAUAAGGAACUUUUUCUUUUUUCAACGGCGAAACUGGUAGCAAUUACAGUAGGGAUUGGUUGUUGUGUAGGAUUACAAAAUGCCCAAGGGCGAGAAGAGAAGAAUUUACCUGCAAGUGGCUGGUCAUUCUUUCAGAGCUCUAUUAGAAGGGUGGGUGAAUGAGUCUUGUAUAUUGAUUUCUAUGGUAAUAAUGCCCAUUGCAAGUUUAA